AAAUACUUUGUAUCGUCUCAAAUUUGCCAAUCGCCUUUGCUCAAGUGAUCAAUAGAUUGUGCAUAGGCUUUAUGUAGUCGCAGCCAGCAUGAAGAGUGCUGGUCAGUGCCAAAAGAGACAUGCUUGUGCCACCAAACAAGCGACAUACUGGACCCCAUGCGUCCCUCGUUUCACAGACAAACAUUCAUCGAAAAGGUUUGGUGAGGAUAAUGCAUGGAAGAUGGAGCGUGUGCCACGCCUGCAGAGGCUUGACCAGACGCUUUCUCAAUCGGCGAUGGGCUACCAAAGCUGUAGCCGCCGUCUUCCACGAAGUUGGAAAACCGUUUGAGCUGCGAGAGAUCCCUCUGCCAGAGAAGCUCAACGAGGGUGAACUGCUGGUCCGGAUGGAGGUAGCUACGAUCUGUGGGAGUGACUUGCAUACAGUGAGUGGCAAAAGACAGGAACCAAUGCCUCUUGUGCUGGGACAUGAAGGCGUUGGUGUGAUUGAGCGAGUGGGCUCGGAUAUUUUCAGUGGCAACCGUCCAAGGCACCGCGGAUGGAAGCUGCGAGAGGGCGACCGAGUGACCUUCAGCGUCGCAGAUUCGUGUGGGCUUUGCCCCGAAUGUACGCUGCAUAAGCUGCCUCAGAAGUGUGUCUCCCUGAUGAAGUAUGGCCAUGCUCGGAUUUCAGAAGGAACCGGCCUCAAUGGGACGUACGCCACCCAUAUUCUGCUCAGACCAGGGACGCAUGCUGUUAAGCUGCCCAGCAAGCUCAGCUCUCGAAUUUGUGCACCGGCCAACUGUGCCCUGGCCACGGUGGUGAAUGCGCUUGACAUGGCGAGGCUCCCGAGGUAUGGCUCCAACAAGAGUGCAGUUGUCCAAGGAGUUGGACUGCUGGGGAUUUAUGCCGUGGCAUGGCUGAGAAAGCGUGUUGGCAUGGACACUGUCUUCUGCCUGGACACCCAGCCAGAGCGCUUGAAGACUGCGGAGAGGUUCGGAGGAGUUCCGCUGCUGGUCACUGAAAAUGAGGAGGACUACCUGGAGCGUUCACGCACUAUCCGUGAGAUGUACCCGCGAGGGGUUGAUGUGGCUGUGGAGAUGACCGGCGCCAAACAUGUGAUCCAUGAGGGGGUGCAGCUCCUUCGAAACGGUGGACACUAUUCCUUCACUGGGAUGGUACAUCCGGAUUCCCAGCUGUCGUCACUCACAGGGGAGACGAUCAUCAGAAAGUGCCUGACCAUCCGUGGGGUGCACAACUACACACCAUGGAACUUAGAAGAAGCAGUGAAGUUUCUAGAUGAGUUCCGAGAAGAGUUGCCAUUGGAAUCCGUGCUAUCACCAACGAGCUACAAGCUUUCCGAGAUCAAUGAAGCCUUUGCAGAGGCGCAGACAGGUUCCUACUGCCGAGUUGUGGCAUCUCCAGCAUGUUGCCAGUUGAGUUGCGAUGUUUCUACAGUUUAGACUUGUUUUAGGUGUUUUUUACUUGUUUUGGUACGCGUUGGUCGGUUUACUGUAGCUGCAGAGUUCUUCUCAUUCAUUCCGGCCACAGGUGAGUUGCCAGGACGUUUCAUGAUUCCUCGUCACCUCGUCCAUAAUUGGAGCCGAGGGGUGGUUCAGAAUGCAGCCGUGCAACGCGAGUUGCAGGUGCAAUGUUGUUUUGCUUUCAAAAAUCGCACUACCAAUCAAAGAAUGUGCGAAUCUUCUCUUGAUUACAGAUAAUGUGCCAAACGCACGAAGUGGAUAUGAAUGUACAUAAGUUGAGAUGGUUCCACUGCCUGCAAUCGGUGUACAGAAAACUGCAGGCCAUUUGACUUCAGACCAUCAUCGCCGGCAAAGUGCGUGAUGUCUUUGCGA